AUGUUAACUACAUAUAAAAAGAGAUCAGCUGCUUUUAGGUUAGAGAGACACAGAUUAGAAAUGGAUGCUGGAAAUAUAGUUAUCAGAGAAGCAGUAGUCGAUGAUGUAAAGGCAAUCUGUGAGAUCUAUGGUCAUUAUGUUCGCGAAUCUGUUGCUACAUUCGAAGAGGUAGUUCCAACGUUAGAUGAUAUGCUCUCGAGAUUCAAUAGUUUGAAAGCAGAUGGCAUGCCUUAUUUCGUUGCUGAACAGGCAGCAGUAGAUAAUAGUGUUUCACCGGUGAUCGUUGGAUAUUGUUAUGCAGGAUUGUAUCGUACUCGUUCGGCAUACCGAUAUACACUGGAGGAUUCGAUUUAUCUGGACCCUAACUACAGGGCUCGUGGUGUUGGUUCUAUGUUACUACGACGAUUGAUCGACGAGUCGACCAAGCGUGGAUUCCGACAGAUGAUAGCAGUCAUUGGAGGCAGUGACAAUCUCGGUUCAAUUAAGCUUCACGAAAGACUCGGUUUCAAACACAAACACAUUCUCUAUUCGGUUGGAUUGAAAUUCGAAAAAUGGGUAGAUGUCGUUACUCUUCAGCUUGAAUUGGGUGAAGGUUCAACCUCUAUUCCAACGCAAAAUCAACCAUAA